UGCAAACAUCCUUCUAACAGCGCGCUUUAACAUUCUCAUGUUUGCUGUGUUUACGUCCAGGAACGUCAUCUCCACCGUGAAGCUGGGCUGCUCUCUGGACCUGGACUUAAUCGCUUGCAAGUCUUGGAACGUAGAGUACAACCCGAAGAUUUACAAGGCGCUCGUCAUGAGGAUUCGUGAGCCGAGAGCCACAGCCUUGAUCUACAAAAACGGAAAUCUGGUCUGUACCGGAGCCAAGAGCGUGGAGCAGUCGCUGCUGGCGGCCAGGAAGUUCGCCCGCAUAGUGCAGAAGCUCGGCUUCCCCGUCGCCUCCCUGGACUUUAAGAUCCGGAACAUGGUGGCCACCUGCAGCACCUUCCCAGUCUGUCUGGACCAACUGGCCACCAGCCACCAUCAGCUCUGCAGUUAUGAACCAGAGCUGUUUCCUGGCCUCUUCUACAAGAUCAUACCAGGCGUCAACGUGACCGUCUUUCCCUCUGGGAAGAUAAAUAUGUGCGGGGCUAAAACGUUGGACAACGUCUACGAAGCGUUUCACGCCCUCUAUCCGAUCCUGAGGAACUUCAGGAGGAAGUGAAGACUCAAACCAAACUCAACUUUUAAAAUAAAAUCUUAUUUAUGUAUUUAUUUAUGUAUUAUUUGUGUGUAAAGAGACUUUUUUUUCUAAUUUGUGCAGAAUGUUCCUUAAAUAUGAACUGUAGUUCUUCAGUGCGCCACCAGAUGUCAGGAUGACUUCAUGUUGGUUUCAGAGACACAUUUAUAAUGAAUCUUAGUAUGAGACAAAAAACAACAAUGACAUUACAUGGUUCCACCACAGCUGCUGGAUCUGUCCAGCUGGUAAACCAGGGCCCCACGAGGACAACAUGUCCCCAAAACUUUACUAUUCAACAACUUAAU